AUGGAUUCAUUAAAACUAAAAAAAUCAUGUACCAAUGCACUACCACCAAAGGAGGACAGUUCCUCCAACCAACCAGCCUAUCUCAUAGUGCAUGCUAUGGGAGAAACAACUCUUUCUAAACGUUCCCCCUUUUUGAUUCAGAAACUUUUUGAAUCUACCAUUGGGCAUCUUAAAAAAAUCCAAAAGUUGAGAUCAGGAGAUCUGCUAGUAGAAGCAGCCUCCCCUCAACAAUCUGAAAAACUAUUGAAAAUGAAAUCUCUAGGAGACAUACAAGUCAUUAUCACACCACACACAAGUUUGAACUCAUCACGUGGUGUGAUAUCUGAAAUCGAUUUGAUGUGUGAGGACGAAUCAGAUAUUCAGAUCGGCCUUUCAGAUCAAGGAGUUACUGCCGUACGAUGCAUCUCCAUUCGUCGAGAUGGCAAGAUAAUUCCUACAAAACAUCUAAUUGUCACAUUUAAUAAACCAACAUUACCAUCCUUUCUUACCGCAGGAUAUUUGCGCUGUUCGGUUCGUCCAUAUAUUCCAAACUCGCUGCGUUGUUUCAAAUGCCAGCGAUUUGGACAUUCCCAAACAUCCUGUCGAGGCAAAAGUUUAUGUGCACAGUGUGGAGUUGAAGGCCACCAGAGUACUGAGUGUACCAGCACUCCAUGCUGUGUAAACUGCAAGGAUGCCCAUCCUGCCUACUCUCGGAAAUGCCCUGCAUGGCAAAGAGAGAAAGAGAUUCAGCGCAUAAAAACAGUUAACAACAUAUCGGAUCCAGAGGCUCGGCCCAUGGUCACUUUAAGUGUCCCCUUGAAACAGAAGACAUUUGCAGCUGCUUUGAAGUCUACAAAGACAUGUGGGGUUCAAACAGAUAUUUCUGUUUCCCCAAAUGAAUCUCUCACACGUCAUGCAAAAUGUUUACUUACACCAUCCACCCAAACACCAGAAAAAGAAAAUAUAAAACUGAAAACACCCCUACCUAAAACAGGGGUAAUAACACGAAACCUGGGUUUCAAAAAGGCAAUUAAGAACCCGUUAAACAAACAGAGAGUGAAAGCUGCUCUCUCUAAAUCUAAAAAAUUAGAGGCUCAAUCUAUGAGUGAGUUCUCUGACUUCUCUGAAGAAGAGACUCACAAGGAGGUUACGAAACCAAUGUCACCUUCAAAAGAGAAACCCCCUAUUAAAUUAAAGAGGGAUACCCUCGCAAAGAAUGCUGCCUCAAACACAUAA